AACUCCUUCUAGAGCUUUCCAAGAGAAAAACUUUCCGCCAAAAAGUAAUGGGAAUUCUUAACAUAAAUCUAGACCCUUCUAUUUACAGAACGGUCCAGAUCUUUAUAUAAAUUAAUCUUCCUCCUCACACGCGCCGUCGCACGCUAAAAUCCACAGUCACUCCCACACAUCUCCACAAUCUAUAGCUCAAAUUCGAUAACAAUGGCAAGAUUGGGCGAAGGAGACAAGCGAUGGAUCGUGGAAGACCGCUCCGACGGAACCAACGUCCACAAUUGGCACUGGGCCGAAACUAAUUGCCUCGAGUGGUCUAGGAAAUUCCUCGAGAACCUUCUGUGCGACAAGACCCUCCUCUCCGGCGAGGGCAAUCUCUACAUAAAGACUAAGAAGGUCGAGAAGCUCGACGGAGAAGCAUACGUUAAUGUUCGCAAGGGGAAGAUUAUUCCCGGCUACGAGUUGAAUUUGGUUGUCUCCUACGAGGCGGAGGCCAAAGAUUCCGAUGGGAAAUCGAUUUUGAAAACCGAGGGUUCUGUCGAAGUUCCCUACAUCUCCGAUGAGAACGCCGGCGAGGAUCCGGAUUUGAGAAUCACUAUUAAAGACGAUGGGCCGAUUGGGAAAACGUUGAAGGAAGCAUUUGUUGCCAAGGGGAAACCCUUUGUUUUUGAGAAAAUUAGGGCAUACGUUGACGCAAUGGCGAAAGGCGGGCCUGCUAAGGAGGAUUUGGAAGUGAAGAAAGUUUCCGUGAAGAAACCUGGUUCUGAGUCUGCUGCUGGGAGUAAUAAUGCGGCGGCGGCUGCUGCGCCCGUGAAGGAGGUGAAGAAGAAGGUGGAGAAGAGAAAGGAGGGGUUUAAGACGAUAACGAUGAGCGAGAAGUUUAGCUGUCGAGCGAGGGAUCUGUUUGAGAUUUUAAUGGAUGAAAAUAGGUGGAGAGGGUUUACACAGAGCAAUGCGAGGAUCAGUAAGGAGGUGGGUGGAGAGUUCAGCAUUUUUGAUGGAUCAGUGACGGGGAAGAACCUCGAGUUGCAGGAGGGGAAGCUCAUUCUUCAGCAAUGGAGAUUUGGGAGCUGGCCUGAUGGCGUCAUGUCCACGGUAAGGCUCACUUUUGAUGAGCCCGAAUCUGGGGUGACCGUCGUCAAGCUCACUCACACCGAUGUACCAGAGGAAGACAGGUACGGCAAUGCAACUGUGGUUGAAAACACUGAGAGAGGAUGGAGGGAUCUCAUCUUCCACAAAAUACGGGCUGUUUUUGGCUUCGGCAUUUAGAAUAUACUAUAUGCUUUGAAUCGAUUGUGGAACUAUGUUGUGUUCUUUUUUCACUUGACAACCCGAAUGUGGGAUUAGUUACCGGACCAAAUUAUGUUGUUGCCAUCAAACUGAUGAUUGAUUGAUAUAAUCUUAUGAAGAACUGUUUGAUCA